AAACAGAAACAGAAACGAAAGGCAUAGUUUCCAACUCCACUUCACCUUCUCUUUUUUUUCUUCUAUCCAGGAAAAUAAAUUAAAACUAUUUUCCUGGUAACCAAACACGCCACGUCAUCACCUUCAUCAUAAUUCCCAGUUCUCUUGAAACCUAAUUGUCUUCUCCUGAAAUUUCCAAUUCAAUCUUUUGCGUUAUUUACUUUUCAAUUCAGUUCCAAUUUUCGAUUUACCUUAACAAUGUCGAGUUUGGAAGAGCCGCUUGGUUUUGACAAGUUGCCAAGCAUGAAUACCAUUGAUAGGAUUCAGAGGUUCUCUUCCGGUGCUUGCCGGCCUAGAGCAGAUGAUAUGGGAAUGGGAAAUUGCUGGAUUGAAGGAAGAAGUUGCAGCACAUCAAACCGUUGUGAUGAAGAUGAUCAAGAGUACGCAAAAGAUACUUUUCCAUGGAAAAGACAUACAAGAGGUCUGUCUCAAGGUGAUUCCUUCAAUCAAAGGACCAUGAGCUUGGGAAGGAACCAUGUGAUGUGUGGCACGGUUUGGGAUUCACGGUACUUUCCAGAUCGUCAACAUAACUCCAAGUCCAGUAACAAAGACAUGUGGGAUAUGACAAAUAAGUUUCUGAAAGGGAUACCAAAGUUUGUGAAGAUUGUAGAAGUUGGUGCAAGGGAUGGACUACAGAAUGAGAAAAUGAUUGUUCCCACAGAUGUAAAGGUUGAAUUGAUUUGCAGGCUAGUAUCGUCAGGAUUGUCAGUUGUUGAGGCUACAAGUUUUGUGUCUCCUAAAUGGGUUCCUCAGUUAGCAGAUGCAACAGAGGUUAUGAAGGCAGUUCAGAGAUUGGAGGGCUGUAGGCUUCCUGUUCUGACACCUAAUCUAAAAGGAUUCGAAGCAGCUGUUGCAGCUGGUGCCAUGGAAGUUGCAGUUUUUGCAUCUGCUUCUGAAUCAUUUUCAAAGUCGAAUAUCAAUUGUAGCAUCAAAGAGAGUCUUUCUCGUUAUCGUGCUGUUACUAGUGCUGCUAAAGAGCAUGGAAUUCCUGUUCGGGGGUAUGUAUCAUGCGUUAUUGGGUGUCCUGUAGAAGGAGCAAUUUCCCCUUCACAAGUGGCAUAUGUGGCAAAAGAACUCUAUGAGAUGGGUUGCUUUGAAAUUUCUCUUGGUGAUACAAUCGGUGUCGGAACACCUGGGACUGUUGUUCCAAUGCUUGCAGCUGUAAUGGAUGUAAUUCCUGCUGAAAAGCUUGCUGUACACUUCCAUGAUACAUACGGCCAAUCGCUUCCCAAUAUUCUAGUUUCCCUCCAGAUGGGGAUUAGCGUCGUGGACUCGUCAAUUGCUGGUUUAGGAGGGUGCCCAUAUGCUAAGGGAGCAUCAGGCAAUGUUGCAACUGAAGAUGUCAUCUACAUGCUUCAUGGCCUUGGUGUAAAGACCAAUGUAGAUCUAUCAAAACUCCUCUCUGCUGGGGAAUAUAUAAACAACCACUUACGUCGCACAUCCGGUUCGAAAACCGCUGUUGCCUUGAGCCGGGUUACUUCCGACGUCUCUAAAAUAUAAGAGACUGCUAUUCACUUUGUCGGAAAUACAGCCAAUGGCUUUAUCUCGUACGAGAGAUUGAAGCUUAUAUAUAUAUACAAGGAAUAAUUACUAUCACCUCUUAGGUUAGUUCUAAACUACUAUUUCCUCCCUAUAUUUAAAAUAUCAUUGUAUUAUCUCUGAUAUUUUUAGGUAUUAGAUAACUGAAAUCCUCGAGUUUCAGUUAAGUGGAAUUAAAAUGUCAGGGAAAGCAAUGUGUUUUAUAAUUACAGAAAAGAAAACAGUAAUUUUGACUUAAUCUAAGUGGUGAUGGUAGUUAUCUAUAUCUAUAAACAUGUAUUGUAUCGUAAACGAGUAAUAUGCAUAUGUAUACACAUUACACAUUAAUAUACAAAUAGAAUGAAAGAAAUAUUAAAUGAUUAUGUUAUGUACA